AUGUUCGAAAUGCUUGAUGAGAACGAAUCAAAUGGUGGGGUUCGGUUUGACUCAAUGUUAGAAAUUUUGCCCGAGGAAAUUGACAUCAGUUUUGGCGAAGAUAUUGGACAUUCAAAUGAUAGAAUAGAAAAGCUACAUGCGGAGCCAGAAUCGAGGACAGUGAUGGAACCACCGCCGAUGUCCCAAUCGGUGGAUACCGGAUCGUUAUUUAGCACCCCAUCCAUGCAACCUGUGUCCAUGGAAGACCAGCAGAAUGGUGAAAUCGCGCAGCUAUGGGAUUUCAACGUGGACGACUUUAUGAUGACACCGAGCCAAACGAGCGAUUCUGCGACGAUCAGUGCUCCAAACAGCUACAACUCGGAAUUUCACGCACAGCUGGAUACUCAUGGUGGAACUGGGAGCAUAGGAACCGAGGGACUGAGCUCUUCAGCCUUCGCUGCUCACAUGAACGGGCAGGGAAAUAACAACUGGAGUCAUCUUCUGGGCAAUCCUGUGCUAUCCGAUAUAAAUACACAACAAGUGUUUGCAACCUCAAUGUCUUAUCGCUCAGAAGAUCCCCAGUCAACGUCGUUUUUCAGGCCAACACUGCCGACCCGGCGAUCGUCAUCGCAGUUGGUCAAGAACCUAGGCGAAGACGGAAACAUUGCUCUCACAUCUCACAACACUACAAACUCGAUACGUAAGAGUUCUUUGGCAAGACCAUUAUCAUCUACAUCCUUGGCAUCGCACCGUCAACAAGCGGGAUCUGAGCUACCCCGAAAACCUCCAGUCGAAUGUUUCAAUUGUAAGACCACUAAGACACCACUGUGGCGUAGAGAUACAGACGGUAACACAAUGUGCAAUGCGUGCGGUCUUUUCCAGAAAUUGCAUGGAACCAUGCGUCCGCUUUCAUUGAAAAGCGAUGUAAUACGAAAACGAAACACCAAGAAACGGAGUAAAAAGCCUGUAGCCUCAGAAACUAAAAAUACUAGCAAUGGAUCUCGGCAAAAGGAUUCGAACAAAACCAAGUUAGGCGCAGCAGCACAGCCGUCCCUUUCUAUGAAUGCUACACCUUCGUCGAAUGAGCCUUCGCAAGCUUCGAACGGCAACCCAUCGCUCUCUUUCAACACAAUCAGCACUGCAACAAUUAAUUCUAACCAGCCCUUGAGCUCCAAGACUCUAAUGAAUCACAACAGCCGAAUGCAAGGCGGAAAUACUGCCGGGGUAUCUAAAAAAUCCAGACGUUCCAGCAGCUCCAGUUCGGCAUCAAACUCCAGUAAUCGCUCCUCAUCAUCGCGGACCAUGGUAUCUAUUUUACCCAAACCAUCUCCUGGUGCUUCUCAGCGUAAUCCGUACCAGUUGAUGAACGUUUUCCCCAACAGCGCUGGAAACAGUGCAGCUUCUUCACCUAGGGUAUCUAUGUCGCCUCGGCCGACAUCAGCCCAAAGCCCGGUGUCUAAUCUCAAUGGCCAGGCUAUCCCGCAAACAUCAGGAGGCGGCUCUGGCAUUAGUGUGCGGCGAAAGCCUUCCCGCCCAGGCUCGUCAUCCAUGGUUGCAUCAUCUUUGCAACAGCAUCAGCAGCAAGCAACGGCUUACGCUCAACCAACGGUUGGAAGUUCCUCCUCCACCAUAUCUGCGUCUUCGCAAUCCUGGAACGCAGCACCCGGCACUGUGUCUUCUCCCAAAGUUGCGAGAUCUCCCCGGUCACCUUUUGAUCUGUUUUCCUCGCAGGAACCUCAAUCAAGACCUGCGUCGCGGAAGUCGCAGACUUCUCUGUUAUCUCAGCAGCUGCAACAGGCCAGCCUUGUACCUCAAUACCCACAGUCACCUUCUCAGUUCCAGACUCCCACAAACAGUCAAACCAAUGGCUUCUCAAACUCCGCUACUCCUCAGCCUAGUUCCAUCAAACGAUCUUCUGCCACUGCUUCUCCGCGAAACGGUUACAUGGAUUCCAUACAGCAACAGCGUGGAUUGCAUGCAGAAGCCAGUCUUCGCAAGACGACAUCUUUACGACCAGAGUCCUAUGGUACUUCUGGUUUGCCUGCUACCAAUCAGAGUUCCAACACUCCAAAGCAGAAAGACAAUGCUUUGGACGAUCUUGACUGGCUAAAAUUCGGACUUUAA